AUGUACUUGCAUGACCCGCAGAAUGCUAAGAAUUUAGUCACUGAGCUGAAAUUUGUUGACAUAGAUUACUCUAUGUUUAAAAAUAUCAAGACAGAACCACUGGAUGAGCUUGCUGGUAUUGAGAGAGGAUACGAACAGUAUUUAGAUCAGAAUUUUGUUUCUGAUGAAGAAUCGCCGUCAAAUAGCGAAGAUUCGAUGUCACAGGACUCACGACCGUACAGUCUUGGAAGUGACGGUGCCGGAGACUUCUUUUUACCGUUACUGAAUACACUACCGAAAAAUCCGAUCCCACGACCCUCAAAAACCUGA